AUGUGUCAAAUAGAUUUUGUUGGAAGCAGAAGUACACCACUUGGACAGACCCGGGAUGUUUCUCUGAGAACUACAACGACUCCACGUAAAAUUUUGGAGCGCAUAGGCGUAAAACAGCGGACAACGACCAAUUUUACGUCUAACGAAGUAAAACUCUACAGAGAAGCAAAACGCCUGCAAAAACAAGUAGGCCGCUUGCAAAAGCAGGCUGAAAAGCGGAGACAUGACCUACAGUCCGCAAGGAAAUUUGUUCGGGAUCAACGAUUGGUUGAUCUCGUAGAAGGGUUGACUCCUGUUCAGCAGCGGUUUUUCGAAAAUCAGAUUAGGAACGUAAAUCGUAAACCAAAAGGCAGGAGUUUUACGUUUGAGGAAAAGGCAGACGCCAUUGCCAUAUGGAAACAUGGCCCGAAGACGUACAAACUUCUGUCUAAAAUGUUUACGUUGCCGUCUAUUGACACUCUGAGGGCAACCCUAAAUAGAGUUCCAAUAGAACCGGGUAUCAACAAACCCAUAUUCGAAGUUCUCGGAAAGCAAGUACGUCGCAAAAUGGACCCCAAGUACAAUCUGUGUACUCUCAUCUUCGAUGAGAUGUCCAUACAGCCUCACCUUGACUACUUGCCUUGUGAGGACAGAGUUGUGGGUUUUGAAGAUGACGGUACAACAAGGACGGAAAAAAUUGCAGACCAUGUUUGCGUCUUUAUGCUUAGAGGAAUUUUUGGAAGGUGGAAGCAACCUGUUGCUUUUGCUUUUUGUAAAAGUUCUUUAGCUGCCGUAAACAUUGUCCGUUUUUAUAAAGAGAUUGUGAAAGAAGCAACAGCGAUAGGCUUAAACAUCAUUGCUUCGGUUUGUGAUCAAAGCACUACAAACAGUGCUGCAAUCGAUAUACUUUUGCAGGAAACCAGGCGACGUGCUAUUUUAGAAAAUGAAGAGGAAACUGAAGAGAAUGUGAUAAAAAUUGGUGAUCACAAAGUUGUCCCUCUCUUUGAUCCUCCUCAUCUUCUAAAAAGUAUGCGGAACAAUCUUCUCACCAAAGAUCUGCUUUAUGUAGAUAAAGCAGGUGUGGAGAGAAGAGCUUCUUGGAGUUUUUUUGAAAAGGCAUAUGGAUUAGAUCAGACGCUGGGUGACAACCUAAGAAUGAUGCCAAAGAUCACCAUAGACCAUGUGAAGCCUAACUUAAGAGGCAAAAAAAUGAAAGUUCGUUAUGCUUCACAGGUCUUUAGCCGUAGUGUUUCUUCUUUCAUAAAUCUCUGUUCCAGCCGGACAUUUGGGGGAAUCCUGCCGCCUGAUGCUCAAUACACUUCCGAUUUGUUUAUGUUCAUGGAUUCUGUCUUUGACAGUGUUAAUGGAGGAUUUGGAGACUGCGGUGGUAAGAACUUACGUAAAUUGGUAGGAGUUAAAAAUUACCAUCACACUUGUUGGCUAGAAGGGAAACGCAUGUUCAGCAACAUGAGAUUUGUACCACGUAAAGCUGGAGACCGAGCAAAACCCCCAGUUUUACAGGGGUGGUAUCGUACUUUAAAUGGUUUUAUGAUUAUCAAGGAAACUCUAACGAAACUUGGUUAUAACUUUUUCCCAGCAAGAGCUUUUAACCAAGAUCCGUUGGAAAAUUUUUUUGGUCAAAUAUGUAAGACAAUAUGGAGGACGAUAUACAAAUCCUACUUGUCGAGCAUUCGUGCCAUUUUAUAAGUCAUUGAUGAUGAAGAAUUUUUGCUCCUAUCAUUCUCGUGGCUCUAAUUGUGAACAAGAUGAGGACUCAUUUGUGAUCACAAUUCGGGAGUUUCUUGGUCUUCAAAUAAAUCGGAAAUGUGUCGAAGAUCAGUGGAAACCGCCACCAGUUCCUGAUACUGUAACGAAGGAUAAACUUUAUGACCAGAAUGUUAUAGGCUACAUAAGCGGAUUUCUAGUCAAACAUAUGUCAAAAGAACCACUUGGCUGUGAAAUCUGUCGAUCUAACUUAAAGCACGAUGGGGAUCCAGAUAUACAGUAUCAUGGCUUGGUGGAAAAGAAAGAGUACGAUGAUAAAAACAGACGGUUACAAUAUACGAAUGUGGGGGUGAUUAAAACUCUGAUUGAGACUCAUAAUCACCUGCGCAUUCUUUUACCGUCUGCAAUUUAUCAUUCUUCUCUUUCUAGAAGGAUUAUAAGCCACCUGCGAACUACAAUUGAUUUUGAUUUUCAGGAAUGCUUGCAUACCGAAGAACUAAAAACUAAACUUUUCCAUUUAUUUGUAAGAGUGUUUAUCUUUGGAUACAUGAAAAAACUGAGUAAUAUAGUAUUUGGUAGGCAAGAACCGAACAGAUCAAUUUCGUUGGAGACAGAAAUGCAAAAAUUAUAUUUACGUUUUAAAAGAAAAUAGAACAUUUGUAUAAUUUUGCAUUUUGCAGGUUAUUAAUCAGCUUUGUUUUGUGCAUACCAGAAGAAAAUGAUGGCUAUAUGAGGUUAAAUAUUCGAACAUUACCACCGAGAUAUAUUGUACUGUGAUACCUAAGGAGGUCGAAAUUGCAAUCUCCAGAUUUUCAUUGAGUUGUCUAAAUCUUUAACCUAUUGUUAUGUUAUCAAAGUGAUUGUAUUGUCACAUUUCUUAAGGUAUGAACAAAAAGUGCAAAGGCAGUUUGCGUUUCUACUGAUGGGAGAUUAAAAAUUAAUUUAGUUUUAAAAAGUCUCAGACUUUAUUUUGUUAUUUUAAUGUAGUGGCUAUUUUGUUAAGAAUAUUCUGCUUGCAACAAAUACAUGUUUUUUACUUGCAUUUUAAAAAUCUACACACUUUUAUUAAGUUGUAUAUAGGUAAUAAUUAGGUGUGUAUAUAGGUAUGUACUAUUUGUUCUAUUAUUUUAAAUAAAAGUACAAAUGUAAGUUAUCAGGGCAAGCCAGUUUCAUUAUCUCGUUUAUCAUGCGAUUUCUGUUCAAAAUAUUUUCUUAUGCUGUUUUAUUUUGCACUGUUUUCUUUGACUUUUUGGUACUUUUAGAAUUUUGUCAUAUUAUGGUAUUUUUAUUGUUAUUUGUAGUAGUAUUUUCAUUAAUUAUUCAAUGUUACGG